UUCUCUGGUUCUCACUCUUAUUCAAUAGUUGAAAAUUUUCUGCCUUCUUGUUUACACUGUGGGUUUUGGUCCAAAAAAGCCCACCCUCCCUCUCGAUCUGUCCUGCAGCCGGUCCCUCUUUUUUUUUUUUUCUCUCUCUCUCUGUCUCUCAUUCUCUCUUAGCUGAGCAACAGUCGGCGAUUGCCACUGCCUCCCUGACGCUGUCAAAAAAGAUGUUCUUCCAUAUAGUGUUGGAAAGAAACAUGCAGCUUCAUCCUCGUCACUUUGGCCGCAAUCUCCGUGAAAAUCUCGUGGCCAAGCUCAUGAAAGAUGUUGAAGGCACUUGCAGUGGUCAACAUGGGUUUGUGGUUGCAAUUACGGGCAUAGAAAACAUUGGGAAGGGGCUGAUUCGCGAUGGGACAGGGUUUGUCUCAUUCCCUGUGAAGUACCAGUGUGUUGUUUUUAGACCAUUCAAAGGAGAGAUCUUAGAAGCUGUUGUUACUAUGGUGAACAAGAUGGGAUUUUUUGCUGAGGCUGGUCCUGUUCAAAUCUUUGUUUCAAACCAUUUGAUACCGGAUGAUAUGGAGUUCCAAUCUGGAGAUAUGCCAAAUUAUACAACAUCAGAUGGAUCAGUUAAGAUUCAGAAAGAUAGCGAAGUUCGGUUAAAGAUAAUUGGAACCCGAGUAGAUGCUACAGAAAUUUUCUGCAUUGGUACAAUAAAGGAUGAUUUCUUGGGUGUGAUAAACGAUCCUGCGACUGCUUAGUGAAGUUGGGAGUUCUGCACGCAUGAUGGGCUUUUGCCUGUUUGCCUGUUUGCCUGUUUGCCUUGUGGUUCUGUUGAAUAGCUCAGUAGUGUGGAUUUUUUUGUUUUUAACUGGGGAAGCUUUUACACAUGCUUGUAAUCCUAUCCUACAUUUCCAUGAGUGUAAUAUAAUAAUUCUGUCCUUAUAUUUUCAUCUUAUUUCUCCUCACAGCAUUCUUAUCUCAUUUGUACGUUUCUUUUUUUGUUGGUCUGAUAUGUGUUCUAAAGGAUGAACUAUGACGGAAGAUAUAAGUUAUCAACUUAUUUGUUAAA